CGACCAGUGCGCCGCUAGCCGGCGGGCUAACGGCGAAGCGCACCGCGGCUUCUUCGGGAUGACAUGAACCGCCGCGGACGUGGUUCCGUCGUUCUGCUGCUGUGGCCACUGAAUGCUCCGUGUGCGAAGAACCGUGCGCUUCAGUUUAGUGCCAAAGUUAACGCUAACUGCAGCUAGCUAGCUGGCUAAACGGAUGAGCUGUGGCAACUUCAUUAAGUUUAAGUUCGGUCAAGAUGUCGUGUCCUUCUUAAUUUCGGCUUAUGUACCAAAAUUAGCAGUAUAGCGAUGUGGAAAAGUACCCAGGUGUUCGAUCAGGUGACUCCAGUCGGUCAGGAUGAGCUCUAAAGGAGGAGGAACCGCUCUGACGCGCCGCAACUACAGACUGGCUUCAGACACGGACAAGCCCAAAGCCACAGGUAUCGUGAAUGAGAAGUUGCUGAGUGACUACCUGCACCAUGUGUUUCCUCCCACCAAUCAGGCACCUGCGCUGGCCUCCCUCAGGAAGCCUCUUGGUUUCCAGGACCUCGGCGCUCACCUGGAGAGAUUGUUGUCCGAGGGAGAACCCGCCGAGGAGAGUAGAGAUCAGCCGCUGGAAGGUCGUCUGGGCCCUCAGCCCGUCGUCCUGGAUCACACCAGCGGCUUCGAAGGACUCCUCUUUGUAGACGACGACCUGCUGGGGGUCAUCGGCCACAGCAACUUCAGCUCCAUCAGAGCCACCACGUGUGUUUACAAAGGGAAAUGGGCCUACGAGGUGCUGAUCUCCUCCCAGGGGCUGAUGCAGAUUGGGUGGUGUACACUCAACUGUCGCUUCAACCAGGAGGAGGGUGUUGGCGACACUCCGGACUCUUACGCCUACGAUGGGAACCGAGUGAGGAAGUGGAACGUGACGACGACUAACUACGGGAAGUCGUGGGCGGCCGGAGACAUCGUCAGCUGUUUGAUAGACCUGGACGAGGGCACCAUCACAUUCUGCUUGAAUGGCCAGUCUCUGGGCACGGCGUUCACCAGCAUCAAGAUGGGCCCUGGCGUCGCUUACUUUCCCGCCAUCAGCCUCUCCUUCAAAGAGUCGGUGGCUUUUAACUUUGGCAGCCGGCCCCUCAGGUACCCUGUGGACGGCUACCUGCCCCUCCAGAACCCCCCCACUGCAGACCUGGUGAAAGCUCACAAACUGCUGGGCUACAUCAAGAAUGUGCUCUCCACUUCCCUCGACACGCAGGAGGAGAGGUUGGUGGAGAAGGACUGCUCCUCCUGGAGGCUUCAUGGAGAACCUACCGUCCUCAUCACCCUGGCUCACAUCUUCAACCACUUCGCUCCACUCAUGUGUAAAGUGUACCUGGUGGAGGACGUGCUGAUGAACUUCCUGUUGGGGAUUCUGGAGGGUGGAGGUUCCGUAGAUGAGCACCAGCUCAUACAGCAGCUUCUGGAUCUCUUCUGGCUUCUGAUGGAGGACUAUGAAGUGAACGAGUGUCUGAAGCAGCUGAUGAUGUCGCUGCUAAGAGCCUACAGAUUCUCCCCCAUCAUCCCUGAUCUGGGCUUCCAGAUCCACUACCUGCGUUUGACGACGGCCAUCUUGCACCAUGAGAAGUCCAGGAAGUACCUUCUCAACAACGUCUUGUUCGAUGUGCUGCGUUCAGUCGUGUUUUUUUACAUCAAGACUCCUCUGAGAGUGAAGGAGGCGGGGCUAGAAGAGCUCAUCCCGACCACCUGGUGGCCCACGCACUUCGACAAGGAGGGGAAAGAUGAGCGCGAGCCCAAAGACGAGAGUGCAGAUGAGCGACUGAGACGGAGAGCGUACGAGAGAGGCUGCCAGAGACUGAAGAAGAGGAUCGAAGUGGUGGAAGAGUUGCAGGUUCAGAUCCUGAAGUUGCUGCUCAAUAACAAAGACAGAACUACGGGAGAAGCUUCUCGCUACAUCUUCCUCAAUAAGUUCCGAAAGUUUCUCCAAGAAAACGCCAGCAACAGAGGGCACCCGACCGCUCUGUGCCCCCCGGAGUACAUGGUGUGUUUCCUCCACCGCCUCAUAACGGCGGUGAGGGCCAGCUGGGACGACGGCGUCCGGAAGAGCGCCAGCAGCAUCCGCAGCGAAGAGGCCUACGUGCCCCCGCAGCUCUUCUACAACGGGAAGGUGGACUACUUUGACCUGCAGAGGCUGGGGGGGCUCCUGUCCCACCUGAAGAAGACCCUCAAAGAUGACUUGGCCAGUAAAGCCAACAUCAUCAUCGACCCGGCAGAGAUCCAGGCCACGUCGAUGGACGACCUGGACGAGGACGAGGAGAGCGGAGCGGCUCAGAGGCCCUUCGGUGCGGCGGCGAUGGGCGGGGCCCUGGCGAGGCCCAGCUGGUUGAGCUCCCCCACUCUGGGUCGAGCCAAUCGCUUCCUGAGCACGGCCGCCGUCAGCCUCAUGACCCCCAGGCGACCCCUCACGCAGCCGGAGAAGGUGAAGGUGCGCACCCUGGCGGUGGAGCAGAGGACCGAGGAGGACAUCGAGGGAAGCCAUGGUAACGACGGCCUGUUGCUGGGGCGACCGCUGGCUGAGCCCAACCAGCCAAUGGUGGACAAGUCCCUGCUGGAGAUAGUUGACGGCAUCGUGAUGAUGUACAACCUGAGCGUCCACCAGCAGCUGGGCAAGAUGGUGGUGGUGUCAGACGACGUCCACGAGUACGCCGUCGCUCUGAAGGACACAGAGGAGAAGAUCGCACGAUGCCCCGCUAGAAGACCAGACAUCCUGGACGAGCUCCAGAAGAGCCAGAAGGUGUUUGCGGAGAAGCUGAACCACCUCUGCAGGAGGCUGGCCUGGAUCAACGCCACCAUCUACUCCAAGGAGAAGAUGCUGGACGUGUACUGGCUGCUGUGCGUCUGCAUUCGCACCAUCGAACACGCCGACAGCACCGGCUCCCUGUUCGCCUUCGCUCCCGAGUUCUACCUCAGCGCGGCCAUGAACGCGUACAGCGCACUCAAGAACUACUUCAGCCCCGCCAACAGCAUGGAGGAACUGCCAGGCUACGAAGAAACCCUGACGCAACUAGCCGCCAUCCUGGCCAAGCACUUUGCUGAUCCGCGCAUAGUGGGAACAGAUAUCAAAGACUCCCUGAUGCAGGCCCUCGCCAGCUACGUCUGUUACCCACAAUCCCUCAGGGCAGUGGAGAGGAUCCCAGAGGAACAACGCGUUGCCAUGAUGAGGAACCUGCUGGCUCCGUACGAACAGAGGCCCUGGGCCCAGACCAACUGGAUCCUGGUCAGACUGUGGAGGGGUUGUGGUUUCGGUUACAGAUACACUCGUCUGCCUCACCUGCUAAAGACCAAACCUGAGGACGCCAACCUGCCCAGUCUGCAGAAGCCGUGCCCGUCGCUGCUGCUGCAGGGUCACAUGGCGGAGCUGCUGAGCGUGGACAAGGACAUGGCCGCCUCGUUCCUCAACAGCGUCCUCAACCAGCUCAACUGGGCCUUCUCCGAGUUCAUCGGCAUGAUCCAGGAGAUCCAGCAGGCGGCAGAGCGUCCAGAGAGGAACUUUGUGGACACCCGUCAGCUGAAGGUGUGCGCGACCUGCUUCGACCUGUCAGUCAGUCUGCUGCGGGUUCUGGAGAUGACCGUCACUCUGGUUCCAGAGAUCUUCCUGGACUGGACCCGCCCGUCCGCGGAGCUCCUCCUCAGACGGCUCGCCCAGUUGUUGAACCAGGUGUUGAACAGAGUGACGGCAGAGAAGAACCUGUUUGAUCGGGUGGUCAACCUGAGACUGCCAGGUCUGGAGAGCGUGGACCACUACCCGAUCCUUGUGGCCGUCACCGGCAUCCUGGUCCGAAUCCUGGUGGACGGAGACCGACAGGGGAUAUCCCGGGCGUCCUGCGUGCUGCUCUCCGACCCUUGCUUCCAGCUCCACUCCAUCCAGCACCUGUUGGGAGAAGGUGGGGGCGACUCCUCGGCGCUCUCCGUCACCUCCUCCUCCGCCUCCUGCGCCCGUCCGGUGGUGGGGUCCUUUGGGUCCGGCGUGGCCCCCGUGAUCCCUUCGGCCGCCGCUGUGGAACGGAAGCACUUCUCCCUGCACGCAUACACGGACUACAUCAGCGAGGAGGAGAAGCAGAAGGUGGAGCGGAUGUUGGCGUUCCUCACCGAAGAAUCCAAAAAGGCUGCCGCCAGCACCGCCCCAACCAGCGAAGAAGACCUCUGCCCCAUCUGCUACGCUCACUCCAUCUCCGCCGUCUUCAAGCCCUGCUCCCACAAGUCCUGCAAAGCCUGUAUAAACCAGCACCUGAUGAACAACAAGGACUGUUUCUUCUGCAAAGCCACCAUCACCGGGGUGGAGGACUACAGCAAGCCGGGCGCCUCCUAACACACAGACACACACACGCACACGCACACACACAAGCACACACACACACACGCUAGCUGUGUAAAGGGCCGAUGGGUCAAAGCGUCCAAAAGCCUCUCACAGAUAAGUGAACCCAAAGAUUUCUCACAGAGGUCUGAACUUUCAGUUUGUGCAGGAUUGUUUUUUUUGUGUGUUUUUUGUGUUUUUUUUUGUGUGUGUAAAUGAUCAAAUAAAUUAAGAACUGGUUAGUUUUGGGAGAUUUUGGGUGGGUCUCCGGGUUCGUGGUUUGAGAGGAACAUGAGGUCACGUCACGAGGAAAAGAGCAAACCAACAACGGGGUCAUUCUCUGCGAUGACCUGAGAACAUGACGCACCGCUGUAGAUUAAAACAUCCAACGCGAUGCGAAGCCGUUAUAAUGCCACCUGGAAACGUCACAUAUUAUAGUUGAUGGUAGUCGUGUUUGUAUUUAAAAAAACAAAAAAACAAGAUGACACAUUUUAAAUGAAACAAUCUGAAGAGAAAGAGUCUGGUCUUUUUUUUAUGUCAAAAGCUGAAUUCUCCUCUUUAGAUUUGGUGAGUGUUUAGAAAAUAUCUAACUUAUCCUGUGCUCCGUGGACAGAGCUCGAUAUCCCAGCAUGCAUUGGGAGGGAGAAGAAGGUUAAUGAUGAUUGAUGAAAGGUCCCAGCUGCUGAUGAGGCGUCUGAUUUCCAGACGUUAACUUUGUGUUUCGCCCUCUGUAGUUUUCCCUCCUUUUCCUUUUCUCCUCUAACAUUUCAUCAAGUUCGGUUUCUAAACGAUUUUCAACAGAGAUUCAACAUACAAGAUGAAUAAAAGGCAAAUAACCCUCCAUCGCGCACACGGAGCCCUGCAGUGAGCUGCAUGUCUUUAAUGCCGUAGGAACGCGACACACAGGAAGUCAGGUUAAAAUCCACACUGGCUUUGCUUCAUUUACAUAGAUUCCACCUGAGGACGUGACAUUUAGUGCAGCACAGAUCUCCACUUUAAACACAGCGUCUACUGCAGCGACCUGUGUCUUUAUUUAGCAAGGAACACAACACACACACACACACACACACUCCAACCAAGUAACAAACCAAGUGAACCCUCAAUAUGGGAAAUGGAGUCCUCGAUGGAAGCGUCCUUCAGUGAGACGUAGUUGUCAUAUUAUAAAAACAAUUCACCUCAACCUGUCGGUACAGGUUCUCACACACAGACACACAAAGGCAAGCUCUUACAGGAUGUAAGGUGUGUGUCAUCUCACCUUUUCCUCCGCGGAGACUCACACACAGACACAAAAGCAGGGAGCCAUUUGGAUUAGUUUUUUUUUUUAUUCAGCAUUAAACUCUGAGCCUCUGCACCCAGAAAUAGACUUAUUAUAUAUGAGGUAAUUAUAUACUACUCAGAAAACCAAGUUCACUCAUAGUCUUCUAGUAUUUUAUCCAUUUUCAUCUCCAUUGAGUUUUGAAUUAUUAACUGCAAUCGUGUUUUCUUUUUAUCCAAAUCGACAAUAAGUUGAAGCGAGUAAAUAUCCGGGGAGAAGAUAAUGUUUCUGUUCAUCUGGAUUUAAACAGACGGAGGAACGUGUGUGUGACCAACUAUUCAAAUGUGACAUGAUGCAAGCUUUUAUUUUGAAGGGCUCUCUCACUGGGAAUGCUGAUGGGUCGAUGUGG